CUUACACUGUUAUUAUUGUAUUUUUAAAAUGUGAACUUUCGGUAUUAUAAAUGAGACAUACUUUUAAAACAUCAAAACACAUCUCAAAAUAAUGCAACAUUCACCAUGACACCGUACUUAACACUUUUAGAUGUAUCGUGCAUCUAUACACAGAAGAUUAAAUUACUUUCGAAUUGUCUAGCAUGCGCAGUGAAGUACAAUAUUUCAGUUUUGAGGUGGCUGAUGAUGGCAUAGAAUAGUAAGACAGUAACAAGACCUUGUUUUUCUCCAUGGAUAUUGUGAAGCAAAGCACCACUAAAACUAAGAACCUUGGAGUCACCCUGGACCCCUGCCUCUCUUAUUCCCAGCACAUCUCCACUCUGGCACGCACUUGCCGAUUCUUCCUGAGCAACAUCCGAAGAAUCCGACCCUUCCUCACCAACUAUGCUACCCAGCUCCUGGUCCAGGCCCUGGUACUCUCCCGCCUAGACUACUGCAACUCCCUCCUGGCUGGCCUCCCUGCGUCCGCCACCCAUCCGCUCCAGCUCAUCCAGAACUCUGCUGCCCGCCUGGUGUUCUCUCUGCCUCGCUUCGCCCACGCUACUCCACUACUCCGCUCGCUCCACUGGCUCCCGAUCACCGCUCGCAUCCAGUUCAAGACUCUUGUACUAGCCUACAGAUGCCUUGACCAGACUGCACCCAGCUACCUCCAGACCCUCAUCUCUCCCUACACCCCCACUCGAUCUCUCCGCUCCGCCUGCACUAGAAGACUAGCUCUACCUCCGCUACGCUCCCCUGCCUCCAGAGCCCGCUCCUUCUCCACCCUUGCUCCGCAGUGGUGGAAUGACCUUCCUACAGAUGUCAGGACUGCCCAGUCCCUGACCACAUUCCGGUGCCUCCUUGAGACUCACCUCUUCAAACAGCACCUGUAGAACUCCUCUGUUUGUAUCCUGGGACACUAUCACCGUUCAUGUAAAUGUGCUUUAUUUUGCUCUUAUCUGCCCCCUAUUUUACUGCAUUUAAUCCUGUACUUCAGAAUACUGUAAUCCGCCAAGUGUUUAACCUGUAGUACUUUGCAUUUAAUCACAUCCUGAUGUAACUAUCACUAUUUAAUCAUAUCCUGAUGUCAC